AUUUAAAACUUAAUAUCUGCACUCCGUUCAUUUGUGCGCUGUGUAUUCUCACUUUCUUAAAAAAAUAAAAAAAUUGUCCGUGUCUUUCGAAUUGGUGCUAAUCGCGAAUCUCGGCAGGAAUUGGUGCUAAUCGCGAAUCUCGGCAGUUGUAGACAAAAAUGCAUCAGUUCAAAGGCCAACCUCGGCUCCCGAAAUUCGCAGUCCCGAGACGCUACGACAUACGCCUCAAACCGGACCUCGACGCCUGCAAGUUCGCCGGCUCCGUCGCUAUUGACCUCGAUAUCGUCGACGACACAAAGUACAUCGUCCUCAAUGCCGUCGAACUCUCUGUCGACUCCGUAAUGUUCACCAACCGAGACGUUUCUGAGGUGUUCGAGCCUUUGAAAAUUGAUCCGGUUGAAGGCGAUGAGAUUUUGGUUUUGGAGUUCGCCGAGACACUUCCGAUUGGGCCCGGAGUUCUGAGUAUCGGGUUUGACGGAACCUUGAAGGACAAAAUGAAAGGCUUCUAUAGAAGUACAUACGAACAUAAUGGUGAGAAGAAGAAUAUGGCAGUAACGCAAUUUCAACCUGUUGAUGCUAGGCGAUGCUUUCCCUGUUGGGAUGAGCCAGCUUGCAAGGCUACAUUCAAGAUCACAUUGGAUUUUCCAUCUGAGCUGGUGGCUCUAUCCAACAUGCUAAUUGUUGAAGAAAACGUGGAUGGGCACCUGAAGACAGUUUCAUAUCAAGAAUCACCAAUAAUGUCUACAUAUUUGGUGGCAGUUGUUGUUGGUUUGUUUGAUUAUGUGGAAGAUCAUACAUCAGAUGGGGUCAGAGUUCGAGUAUACUGUCAGGUUGGCAAGGCAAAUCAAGGGAAAUUUGCGUUGAGUGUUGCUGUCAGGACACUUGAAUUAUACAAAAGAUACUUUGCCAUGCCAUACUCUCUACCCAAAUUGGAUAUGGUUGCAAUCCCUGAUUUGGCUUUUGGGGCUAUGGAGAAUUAUGGUUUGGUUACAUACCGUGAAGUUGCUUUGCUCUAUGAUGAUCAGCAUUCUGCGGCUGCCAAUAAGCAGAGGGUUGUGACUGCUGUAGCCCACGAACUGGCACACCAAUGGUUUGGCAAUCUUGUAACAAUGGAAUGGUGGACUCAUUUGUGGCUUAACGAGGGGUUUGCAACGUGGGUUAGCUAUUUAGCAUCUGACAGCUUGUUCCCAGAAUGGAAAGUAUGGACUCAGUUUCUUGCUGAACCUACAGAGGGUCUCAAGCUAGAUGGGCUUGCUGAGUCCCAUCCCAUUGAGGUGGAGGUAAAUCAUGCUGGUGAAAGCACCGAAAUUUUUGACGCAAUAAGUUACAAGAAAGGUGCAUCUGUCAUCCGAAUGCUGCAAAGCUAUCUUGGUGCUGAAUGCUUUCAGAGGUCACUUGCUUCAUAUAUAAAGAAAUAUGCUGGCUCAAAUGCAAAGACACAAGAUUUAUGGGCUGCCCUUGAGGAGGGAUCUGGUGAGCCUGUGAACAAGUUAAUGAACUCAUGGACAAAGCAAAAAGGAUACCCAGUUGUCUCUGUGAAAUUCAAAGAUCAAAACCUGGUCUUCGAGCAGUCUCAAUUUUUGUCAAGUGGUUCCCAUGGGGAUGGGCAAUGGAUUGUCCCAAUAACAUUCUGUUGUGGCUCAUAUGAUGUGCGAAAGAAUUUUCUACUGCAGAAGAAGAGUGAAACUCUUGAUAUCAAGGAAUUCCUAAGUGAUAAAAGGGAUGCAGCAUCUGCCUGGAUAAAAAUAAAUGUGGAUCAGACUGGUUUCUAUAGGGUGAAAUAUGAUGAGGACCUUGCAGUCAAACUCAGAUAUGCUAUAGAGAACAAAUACUUAUCUCCAACAGACAGAUUUGGCAUUCUGGAUGAUUCAUUUGCCCUUUGUAUGGCUCGCCAGCAGUCUUUGAGCUCAUUGCUUACCUUGAUGGGUGCAUACAGGGGGGAACCUGAAUAUAUUGUGCUGUCAAAUUUGAUUAAUAUAAGUUAUAAAGUUGCAACAAUUGCUGCUGAUGCGGCCCCUGAGUUACUGGACUAUGUUAAACAAUUUUUUAUUAGCCUUUUCCAGCCUACUGCAGAGAUGCUUGGUUGGGAGCCUAAGAAAGGGGAGGGUCAUCUAGAUGCAAUGCUGAGAGGAGAGAUUUUGAAUGCACUUGCUGUGUUUGAACAUGACCUGACGCUAAAUGAAGCAAAUCGGCGUUUUCUUGCAUUCUUGGGUGACAGAAAUUCACCACUCCUCCCUCCUGAUAUAAGAAAGGCAGCUUAUGUGGCUGUAAUGCAGAAGGUCAGCACCUCAAAUAGAUUGAAUUAUGAAUCUCUUCUGAGAGUUUACAGAGAGACAGACCUGAGCGAGGAGAAAACAUGCAUUCUAAGUUCAUUAGCAUUUUGUCCAGAUCCCGACAUAAUUCUUGAAGUUAUGAACUUUUUGUUGUCUUCUGAGGUUCGUAGCCAAGAUGCUGUUUUUGGGCUUGCUGUUAGUAAAGAAGGACGCGAAAAUGCUUGGACAUGGCUGAAGGUUAACUGGGAGCAUAUUUCAGAAGUCUGGGGUUCCUCACAUCUACUGACUCGUUUUGUCAGUACAAUUGUCUCACCGUUUGCUUCAUUUGAGAAGGCCAAAGAAAUAGAGGAGUUUUUUGCAACCCGUACCAAGUCCUCCAUUGCUAGAACCUUGAAGCAGAGCAUUGAGCGAGUUCACAUUAAUGCAAAUUGGGUUCAGAGUAUUCAGAAUGAGGAGCAUCUUGUUCAGACCCUGAAGAAGUUGGCACAAAGGAAGUAAGUACUAGGAAAGACCCGUUCGGUCUUCAUUGUGAAAAAGAAAUAAAGUGGACCGGAUGCCAUGAACACAACCAUUAGUCUUGUUAAUAAUGUAUCUUCUAAACUUGGUCUUUCUAAUUAAGGCUUUACAUUUCUUUUUCUUCC